UUUAUGACGUUACCAAAUUGCAGUUGUUUAUUUUAAAGCGAUUAGAUACGCGCGCGUCUUAUCGAAAACCCGAUAAGCUGUGUCCGAUAGUCACGCAGCGAAUGCAGCCCUGCGCUCACGCGUUAAUUUCACCACAAGAUGGCCGCCGGCAGCUGUCAAAGCGGCAGCACACACACAGACAGACACUCGGCGUAAACGUUUGCGCAAAGAAAAGCGGAGAAGAAAUUUAGCGGCUUCGUAAAAAAAACAGUGAAAAAUCUAUAGUAAACCAACAAGAACAGGCAACAACAUAAAACCAAGCAAACAUGUCGAUCGGAGUUCCCAUUAAAGUGCUGCACGAGGCCGAAGGCCACAUAAUUACUUGCGAAACGAUCACCGGCGAGGUGUACCGCGGCAAACUAAUCGAGGCGGAGGACAACAUGAAUUGCCAGAUGACCCAGAUCACGGUAACCUACCGCGACGGACGCACCGCCAACCUGGAGAACGUCUACAUCCGCGGCUCCAAGAUCCGAUUCCUCAUACUGCCCGACAUGCUGAAAAAUGCCCCGAUGUUCAAGAAGCAGACGGGCAAGGGACUUGGUGGGACGGCGGGACGGGGCAAGGCGGCCAUUCUGCGCGCACAGGCUCGUGGCAGAGGAAGAGGAGGACCUCCGGGCGGCGGAAGAGGCACUGGUGGACCACCAGGAGCUCCGGGCGGCAGCGGCGGACGUGGAGCAUGGCAGGGAGGACCAACCGGCGGUCGAGGACGCGGCGGCCUGUAGGAACUGCCUACCGAACAACGCAUUUCUAUUCUCUAAGUUGCGGGCACUAUAUUAUUAACGGGCGGGUCGAACUUCUCCGGAUAUUUUGUAAAGUAUUUAUCAGGCAGAGAAGCCAAGAAUACAGAGAAACUUGAAUUUGAAUUUGAAAA